AUGGGUCGGAGAGAAAACCUACUCCUUCUGUCUGCCCUGACAGCGCUGGCUUCUUUAGUCAACGCCACAGAGAUUAUCAGCAAUAGCACCUUUACGACCAUCUUCCCAGCCACUGCCGUCGUUACCUCUUCAUCUGCCAUCGCGACACAUAAGGACGGGUCGCCGGCCAUACUUGUCAGUAUCAAACAAGGCUAUAACCUAACCCGCCAGAGUUCUCUGGACUUGCUCAUGCUCAUCCGGAAGGUCUUCGAGUGCACCAAUAACCGAUAG